AUGGAACAAAAAAAAUCUAUUGUUGAUGAAGCCCAACAUAAUUUAAUGACAAAGUUGAAUUUGGCACCAUUUCUCAGUUUCGUGAGAAUCGAUAGAAGAAAGAACAAAUCUUUAAUGGGAUUUGUGAUGUCACUGAUUGACCAAUCUACUGAUCCAAGCAAAACAGAAAGUUCAAGCUCGUUAAUAGAAAAAAAAGACUGA